GCAUGCUCAUCACAGCAAACCAGACCAGCCAGGGCAUCAUCCAGUGGCCGGCGAGCUGAACGAGUGCUAGCUUGUUUGUGGUUGAGAGAUGGAGGCGAGGGUGGGGGCAACGGCGGCGGUGCUCGUGCUGCUGGCGAUGGUGCUCGUCCCGGAGGCGUGCCGGGCGGAGCGGUUCGUCGUCGGCGACGCGGCGCGGUGGACGUGGGGGUACAACUACACCGACUGGGUCAUCAGGAAGGGACCCUUCUUCCAGGACGACACCCUUGUGUUCACGUACGACCCGCCGAACGCGACGACGCACGCGCACAGCGUGUACCUGAUGCGGAACCUCGCCGACUACCAGUCGUGCAACAUCAAGGCGGGCAAGCUGGUGGCCGGCGUGGCGCAGGGCUCCGGUGCGGGCUUCGAGUUCGUGCUCAAGAAGCGCAAGAUGCACUACUUCGUCUGCGGCGAGCGCCAAGGCGUCCACUGCACAACCGGCCUCAUGAAGUUCGUCGUCAAGCCCAAGAGCUCCGUCUGCCGCGACGACUGACCGCCCCUUCUCACAGCCCCCCGGUGGUUCCAUGGCGUCCGCGGCCUUCGCCGCCUCCUUCUGCAUGCCUCCUCCUCCUUCUUCUUCUUCUUCUUCUUCUUCUUCUAUUCUGUCUCAAAUCAUUUGUUAUACUUGCUGCUUGUAAGUUAUCACAAUUGUUGCAUUCAUAUGUGUCGUGUUGUGUAACUGUGUUGCCUGUACGCUAUUUAUCAUAACGGUGGCGUGUGUUGCUACAAAUCAAGGGAGUAUGUAAUGCGAAAUGAGGGAUUGUUAGUCCAUGAGUAGCUGUUGUGUCAA